UAUUUCACAAUCUGACAUCCACUACUUUCCCCUGCCAGUCGGAGUAGCGGGAGAUUUGUUAUGGCCCCGAGAAGACCGACAACAUCAGCUCAUCGCAGAUUUACAGACGGUUUUGUCAUGAACGGUGUUCGGCAGUGUGUUUAACCUUUCUCUCCACUGGACUAUGACUCUUCCCAGGUGAGCUUGGCAGAAUGACUGAGGAGAGUCUGGGGAGUGAAGAUAAGGAGAUACUGAGGAGGCGACUGGAGCUGCUGCAAAGAGAGUACGAGAGAACAGCAGAGCGGCUACAGAGAGCAGAGCGGAGGGAGGUGGUCCGCAAGCAUGUGCAGAACAGAAUCCUUGACCAGAACCGUCUGCUGCAGAUCGACACGUCAGGUUCUUCUUCUGUGUUAAACUCGGACCUGCCAUCUAACCAGACCCUGCCACUGGAAACUGAGCCUGAUGGUUUCCUCUCAGGGAAGAAACCCCUCCUCGUCCGUUUCCGUCUUCCCGAUGGGUCGGACACGUCUCCUUGUUCCACGCAAACAUGUAGGCGAAGCCCCACUCAGCGCCUGCGUUCCAAGCGCAGUCGUCUGCGCCUGCAAAGCAGAGAGAGGGAGUCUGACACUGACAGCCAGGAGAAAGUGAGAGGUGCAGUGGAGGAGAGACGGAGAGUAGAGAAUGACCGGAAAACAGAACUGGAAAAUGAACCUGAGACGACUAAUCAGGAGAACGGCCUGGGUGUGGUGAGAGAUGGUGAGAAAGAAAGGAGUGAAACUACCAGAGGGCAGACUGAAGAAGAAGAGAACCCGAAUGGAUGGAAAGAGAAAGAGGGUGGUGAAGAAAGGCAGAGAAAGGAGUUGAUAGAUGGGUUGAGGGAAAGUGAAGCUAAUUCUGAUUUGGCGUUACGGAUGAUUGUAACUCCCCAUUCAGCAGCAGAUAAUUCUUCAAUAGACCACCUUCAAUCACCUGGGGGAAUCUUUCCCACAAGCCAGGUGGAAGUUAAGAUCUCUCCUGUUGGCCAAUCAGCAGAUGAAGGUUCUCAAACAAGCUCUGCUACCUCUGACCAGUUACUUAUGCAGGUACAGUCUUCCCAGUCAGCUGGCCUUUCCGACCAGUCAAAAGAUGAGAACGAAGGAGUUGUUAGUGGUGCAGAGAAGGGCUGUGAAGACAUGGUGACUGUUCCAUUCUCAUCGGAAAAGGCUGGUUUUCUCGAUUCCUGUACACUGAUAGAGGGUUUGCCUUUUCCGGUGGAGUAUUACGUCCGUACAACCAGGCGAAUGGCCGCAGCCCACAGCCCCGUAGACCUGGACGCUGUCAUUCACAGCCAGCUCUCCAGGGGGAGGGGCAGACGACGGUCCAGCCUAUCACAGAGACAAACUGGAGGUCAUGUGACCUCUGAGGCUUCACAACCAGAUGGCAGGGUAGUUUACCAGCCCAGACAGAGAGGGCGUGGUCGAAGGGGGCAUAGAGGGCGCAGGGGAAUGCGACCGGCAGGCAUGACAUCAGGUUCCCCAGCAGUGUCAUGUACAGAACAGCAUGAAUCAGAAUCAGCCACUCAAUCUCCAUCCCUCCUCCAAUCACAGCCUCCCCUCCCAGCAGAGCCCAUCCCACAGGCAGAGGUAGAGUCUCAGGCUGAGGCAAUCCCAGCACCAGAGCCUGCCUCGAGUACCCAGCCAAAGGGGACCGUUUUUAAGCACCUUUCAGAUUCUCAGCUCUACCUGGACUGUAAACUCCUACCAGAUUCUGAGGUGUACCCAGUCUUCAGGAGGAGGCGUGGCCAAGCGGAAAGAGUUGGGUCGUGUUCCCAAGCCAAUGCAAGCAGGAGUGACUGCACACCUCUUCUGCCUUCUUUAGUUUCCCUCGCUGAAGCUUUGAGGAAGAAGAAUUCGAGGCACCUUGGCCAGCUGCUGUCGAUGUUUGACGUCCAGGAUUUUCACCUGCCUGACGAUGAGUUUGGCCAACUGAAACUACAGCGGCUCCGCACGUCCUGCUUGAACCUGGAGCCCUUGACUCCACAUUAUUCACCUUACAACACGCGUCACAGCAGCAGAUGCUUUAGGGCACAUGGGGAUAAGGACCGUUCUAAAGCAGAUGAACAGUUCAUUUCAGAGCUCCUACCACCCAGCUGCUCCCUGGAAGGUAGCUUUCCUCUGAGCCAGGUGAGCUCUGCUGAGGGUUCAGUGGUGAAAGGGAAUCCAGAUGAAUCACAAAAGCUCACAGAGACUGCAAACCAGUUACAGUCUGAUACUGGCAGCCAGGAAUCCUGCGUCACCAGUUCUGAACAAGGAAUGAAUCAAGGAACUGAGGAUCUUACACAGUUGAGCAUCAACCACCAAUUAAAUGAGUCUACCACAUGCAAAGGUCGCUCUAUAGCAGUCUCAGCCACUGAAGACAAGGAAAAACCCAUGAUCUGUAACAGAGAACUAAGUGGGGAACUUGCGGUGAAUGCUGAUGAACCACACACAUUUCCACAGACUGAUCAAAACAAAUGCGGCCAUAAUGAAGCUCAUGAACCAUCGGAUGAUGGGUCCCAGUGCCCGGUGGUCACAAACCUUAGCAUGUCCUUUAAAUCACAUACACAGCAUGGUCCUGACCCUUCCCUUCCCUCUCUGGGCAUCACCCCUGAUCUUUUGACCCCCAACUCACCCUCAGUCUUAACUUCUAUUCUCUCUUCUCCUCCUGACCAGAGUAUUGCUCUGUGUUCUUCGCAACCUGUGGCUCCAGCUGUGGUGACCAUCUGCCAGGCUAUGGCACAAAACGAGAGCCAGACUCACGCUAAAAGAGAAAUCCAAGCACCAUCAGGGCCUGAACCAGGAGAAACCACUGAAUCAGCCAGUGAGGUCUGGCUAAGCCCUACAACGAAGAGUCCACUCCAGACCAUUUCUGAGCGUGUUCAAGCAAUGCAUAAGCCUGUUUCUGAGAAUGGUCAUGAAACCAAGGAGUUGGAGACCCAACACCAAGACAUCAAGCAGUCUGAGAAUGAGCUUCACACUAUUACCGAAAAUGUGAUUCACCCUCAAACAGAGAAUCCGCCGCCUUCUCAGCGUGUGGACGUUGGUGGUGGCAACGAGGCCAAGCCCUGCACCACCAACGAGACAUCAGUCCUGUCAGCAAUCCAGAGAGCAGCUGGUAUGAAUAUUUUCGCUUCUAAUGUGGCUGACCAAACCAAUACACCCUCAGAAGACACCGCCCAGGCAGCUGACGCUGAGACCCUUCACCGGAGUCAGCCUACAGGAGCCUCACAUCACUCUGACCAGGUCAUUUCCUGUAGCACUCUUCAGAAGACUCAUACUCUAAAGGCGCUGGAGGGAGGAUGUGUGUUGGACGUGUGUUUGGUUCGAUGGCCGUCUGAGAACUGGGGUGUGUGCGUGGCCGGAGAGUGGAGUGUGUGCGUUUGGGCUCAGAAGGUGGGAGUCCAGCAGUGGAACCUUCUACACACUUGGACCUUCACAGAGUCUGUCAUCUCUCUUCAGGAGGUUCCAGAUUCUCCUGGCUUGCUUUGUGUGUGUUUGGGGAGGCUGGAGAUCACAGAGGUGAGGAUCCUCUGCUGUCCCAGUAUCGAUGGAGAGUUCUCUCAGGCCGAGUUGUGUAAAGGUUCUCUACAGGCAGUGGAGGCUGUAUCUGACUGCAGGCUGGCGUGCUGCUCUGCUCCUGGAGCCCAGCAGAAAGUCACGGUGUUCACACUCACUCAUGAUGGCAGGGUUGCAGAUACUCUAUCCCUGGUCUCUACAAAUCGAAGUAUUCAGGCCUUGGCAGUUGUCGAAAGGAAAAAAGAUGCACUGAUCGGAUGGACCGAAUGUAAGACCCUCCUGAUAUGGAAUAUGAAGUUAGGCCAACUACUUCAGACUAUACGACUGGCAGAGACCAUGUCCAUGGCAACCUGUCUGAAGGGAUAUUCCUACAAGGGGGCGCUCUGUGUAUUACUUCAGCGUGCAAGUGCAUGUGAUGAAAAGAAUGGUUCGGCUCUUUUCUCUCUAAUCGCCAUGAACCCACUUACGGGCAAAUACGUCACACUGACCUCUGUCACCAGCCCAGCUCCUCACGUAGAGAGGUUGAUAGAUGGUGACGUUUGUGAAUCUGCGCUUGUGGGUGUUUUCCAGUCUGGCCAUCUGUCCAUCUGGGAUUUGAGAAGAGGCGUGGCCAGCGUGCUUGGAAAUGGGGAAGCCCAGCUGUGUCGGCUAGCGCGGUGGGCGGGGCCAAACACUCUACUCACUGGAUAUCUAAAUGGAGAUGUUAAUAUCUAUCAGUAUAAACGUCCAGAAACCAAAUUAAUUUGUCAUUAGUGGCUCUUUCUCUUGUUUCGUUAUUUAUUUAUCAAAAAGAGUUUGUGUUUAUGUGUGUAAGUAAAGAGUUUGCUUCAAAAUAGAACUAUUAUAAACUUGCACAUGCCAAUUUUAGCUUCAGAAAUGGCUUCAAAAUAAAACAUUUACAUAAAGUAUACACAUGAAGCACUUUUUCUGCCAUGUCUUUGAAAGAAAAGAAACAUUUUU